AUGUGUCGGGGGUCUGAGACACACUCUGGGCGCAGUGGAGGUGCUCCGCCCCUCGGCGAACUAAACCCGCCCGUUGCCGGUCAGGCCGCUGUUGCCCGUUUCAAGAACAUCCAGUGUACGUACCUCCUGGCUCACCUCAGCUUCAACUGGAACAAACUAGCCAUUGAUUCGACGACAGCCACACCUGGCAUCGUCUUAUUGGAACUUCAGUUACAAUCAAUCGAUUGUCUUGCCACGGCUGCCUCCGCUGCCGACCAGUCCUUCUCAUUCCUAUCUCCUCAUAUGGGAAAAGACAAGCCGGUUAUCGCCAAAGGUCGAGACUACGUCUUCAACGUGACGUUAUUCGAUGAGAUGAUAAACGCUCUCGAUGUCAUGCAAGAAGCCUACUUCCAGCCAUGGGUUGGCACAUGGCCCUCCGCUAUCGACUGGACCGCCGCCGUCCUAGGGACACACAUUGCCGGGACCCUUGAAACCCUACACCGAAGCCUCGAGAUAGCGGCGUCGAGGGGGAUCGAAAUCUCCGAGGGGUGGUCGGUAACAGAGAACACAAUCUCUCUCUACUUCUCCCAGCUGAUCGGCUUUUACUUCGGCCAGAAUAUCUUUGCACUCCGCCAGGAAGCCUACGAUGACAUGCUUUGGGUUGUAUUGGGCUGGCUCGAUACCGUCAAGUUCGUCGAUGGGUAUAGCAGCACCCCUAGCCGGCCGCCGUUUGGCUUUGGUGACGGCAAUGGUGUUGAGUUCCCAACGGAAACGUUACGGAAUCGUACCUGGCAUGGGACUCUUUGGACUCCCGCAUUUGCUCACCGAGCGAGGAUAUUCUGGGAACUUGCAGAAGCCGGCUGGGACACGACACUCUGUGGUGGAGGCAUGAACUGGAAUCCGCGGUUACUGCCGUACAAAAAUGCCAUCACCAAUGAGCUAUACAUCGCCGCGUCGGUGAUGAUGUACCUCCACUUCCCCGGGGACGACAACAACUCACCUUUCAUCUCCGAGCACGGCAACACGCAGCCCAUGAAUGGUCCUCCCAGCCCCUCAAGAGACAAAAAAUGGUACCCACACGACCCCAAGUACCUCGCCGCCGCGCUCGACGCCUACACCUGGCUAAUCUCCUCCAACAUGACCAACUCCCUCGGCCUCUUCACCGACGGCUUCCACAUCUCCGGCUACUCCUCCGGCAGCAACAACACCAAGUGCGACGAGCGCGACGAGAUGCUGUACACCUACAACCAAGGCGUCAUCCUCACGGGGCAGCGGAACCUUUUUAGUGUUGACCCCGAUCCAUCCUACCUGAAGGCAGGCCACACGCUCAUCCAAAACGUCAUCCGAGCAACCGGCUGGGACCUGGUGCGGGACUCUCCGGUUGAUGACCUUGACAGCCUAAAGCCGGGUGAGCUCCCACCCUGGCGCGGCCUGGGCCGGGCCGGCAUCCUCGAAGAGGCCUGCGAUGCUACGGGCGAGUGCUCGCAGGAUGCGCAGACGUUUAAGGGGAUUUGGAUGCACCAUUUCACUGCGUUUUGUUCACGUAUUACCCAGCAGGCGCCGUUGAAUCACUCAACCUUGACAAGCACAACACCACCUCCCCGUCCGGAGUUCUGGAACAGCAUAGCAAAAGAGCACCACGCCGCUUGCCAACGGUAUUCCGGCUGGCUGAAGCACAACGCCCAUGCGGCAGCGCGCACAAGGGACAGUGAAGGCAAAUUUGGCAUGUGGUGGACAGCCGGUUUGCUGAACGUCAAGACGUCCGAACUCCGUUUUGGGCCGGAUUCGUUGGCUCCUACGGAGGGAGUGACUGAUUAUCGGAAUCAAGGGGUCCCGCAGACUUCUGAGUGGGUUGCAGAAGAAGAGUUGUUGCCUGGAGGCGGAGGAAGAGGGCCAACGGUGGUUUAUAAUGACCAGAAUAACAAGAUGCAGCAUCCGAUGACUGGAAGCCGCCGGUCGAACAAGGGCUCAAGGAGGAGAGGUGAUGAUAAGAUGGCUGAGGAGAGCACCCGGAAAGUGGUGGACGAUGAUCCUAAUACUCGCGGUAGAGGCAGGACGGUGGAAACCCAGAGUGGAGGGUUGGCGGUGUUGAGAGCGCUUUGGGAGCUUUCUGUGCAGGAGGACUGAGUAAAGACGUAGGGUUGUUGUAAAAAGUAUUGCACAUAGGAACUGAAAUAACUUUGUUUUCGUGGACCAUUAACACAUCACUCACAAACUGAAGUUAGAC